AUGUCUAAAUCAAAGAAUCAUACCAACCAUAACCAAACCAGAAAAGCCCACAGAAACGGUAUCAAAAAACCAAAGACUCACAGAUACCCUUCAUUAAAAGGUGUUGAUCCAAAAUUCCGUCGUAACCACAAACAUGCUUUACACGGAACUGCUAAAGCUUUAGCUGCUGCUCGUGCUGAAAAAUAG